GUCUCUAGGUUUAUAUAUAUCCCUGGACUCAUAGGUACGUGCUGCACCCGGAAAAAAAACCACCAUUGGGGCGCACAGCAAAAUUCAUCAUGUCCUAUCCGCCUCCUCCAGGCUCCAGCAAUUCCUCGCUUCCCCCGCGCCCGCCUCCCUCGCGCGUCUCCGGCUUCAAGCCCGCCUUCUCUUCCCCCGCCAACACCCCGAGCCCCGGCGCCCGAGCCCCCGGCCCCUACGCGCCCCCCGCCUACUCCAGCGCCCCGACGUACGCCGGCGCUCCCGCUACCACCACCACCACUACCGCCGCCCCUUCAAGAAGCCAGUAUGGUUCCUCGUACCAGCCCUACGGCUCCGUGACCAGAGCCUACCAACAACCAGCAGCAGCAGCAGCAGCGAACCCGUACUCGUACCCAGGAGGGCACCACCAGCAGCAGGCCUACCAGACGGGCUACUACGGCGCGCCGCAGACCGCCGCCGCCUCAGCUAAUGUUGCUGCUGCUGCCGGCGCGACAUCCUACGCCGCGCCCCCCCAGAUCCGCAACCCCUUCCCGGCCCCCAGCCAGGCGAGGCACGAUGACUACGACCCGGACAUGGCGGCGCAGAUCGCGCAGUGGCAGAGCGCGUACGUGAAAGACCCGACCAAGGAAGGCGGUGCUGCUACUACUACUGCCGGCGGCGCGCCGGCGUCGGCAGGAGCGUCGGCGGCAGGAUCGAGCGGUCGAGGUGGCUACGGCUACGGCUAUGGCAACAGCGCGAUGUCGACGAAUACGAAUACGGCGGCGACGACAACGAUAACGACAACGUCGUACGCCGCGGAACCGAGCGCCGGCGCGGGCGCAGCUUCGAAUGCUCCGGCGGCGAACGGGGAGAAGAAGAAGACGGUGAUACGGUCGGGCGGCGGGCAGAAGUGGUCGGACGACACGCUGCUGGAGUGGGACCCGUCGCACCUGCGGCUCUUCGUGGGCAACCUGGCGGGGGAGACGACGGACGAGUCGCUGUACAAGGCGUUCUCGCAGUGGAAGUCGCUGCAGAAGGCGCGCGUGAUCCGGGACAAGGUGACGUCCAAGUCGAAAGGGUACGGGUUCGUGUCCUUCAGCGACCCGGACGAGUUCUUCCAAGCCGCCAAGGAGAUGAACGGCAAGUACAUCCAGAGCCACCCGGUCGUCGUGCGCAAGAGCACCACCGAGAUCAAGCCCACCGUCGUCAAGGACAGCAACCGCUGGAGCAAGAACGGGAAGAACAAGAACAAGAACAAAAAUCGCGGUGGUAGCGGUAGUGGUGGCGGAGGAGGUGGUGGUCACGGCUCAGGCAAGCGCGACGACGGCUACGAACCUCAUCUCGGCCCCGUGCCGACCGGCGUUCACAAGCCUGGUCAGAAGACGAAGGGCGGUCUGAAGUUGUUGGGCUGAGUUGCGGGAGGAAGGGAGGGAUGCAUGAAUAUGCAUAUGCAUAUAUUACCUACCUAUAUACCCUACUAGUGUUUCACCAUCCUGCAUUGCAAUUGCGUCUGCCUGUU